AUGUCUGGCAAGUACCUCAUUACUGGCGGCUACAUUGUCACUCUCGAUGAAUCCCUUGGCGACUUCGACAGCGGUGCUAUCCUCAUUGAGAACGGCAUCAUCAAGGCCGUCGGCAACGCAAGCGACAUAUCAGCACCAGAUGCCGAAGUCAUCGAUGCCACCGAAGGCGUCGUCAUCCCCGGGAUGGUAGACACCCACCGUCACGUAUCUAUGUGCCUUACCCGCGGCAUCGGCAUAGAUCAGCACCUGUGGCACUUCCUCUCAAACACGUACACCAGGUGGCUGCCCGCGACAGGCGUGGAGGAUAUGCACACCUCAGCUCUUGUAGGCGCCCUCGAGGCUAUCGAUAGCGGCGUGACUACCAUCAUGGACACCUGCGAGUCCUUCCACUCGGCGGAGCACGCAGAAGCGGAGCUUCAGGGUCUCAAGGACUCUGGGAUCCGGGCCUUCUUCUGCUACGGCAUGAGUGGCGAUCAGUACGGUGACGUUCCUGCGGGCAAAGAAGGCUGGCGAGCACGCAUGGAGCAUGUUGAAAGGAUGGCCAAGGAAGACUCAGGCGAAGGACUCGUCCGCGUGGCGUUACAGCUCAGCCAGUCAGGCACGACACCCUUCACUUGGAUGGGCGACGAAGUGAAACUCGCCCAGGACAAAGAUCUUCUUUGCUGUUCGCACUCGAGCGCCGUUCCCGCCUCCAACCUCACGAGCGACUUGGAGGUCAGGGCAGAUAUGGGAUACAUGCACCCCGGGCACGUAUACAUCCAUUGCACGAACCUGACGGACCAUGAGAUGAGUCUCAUCGCUGAGACAGGAGGCAAAGUCGCGCUGGCGCCUGACACUGAUAUACAGAUGGGCAUGGGCUUUCCUCCCCUGCGAUUAGCUCUCGCCCAUGGUCUGAUGCCAUCGCUGAGCAUCGACACGUCGAGCGCUGUCCCGCCCGAUCUGCUAUCUCAGAUGCGACUACAGCUACAAGUGCAGCGCGGGCUAGAUCAUCGCGCAGAACACCUCGAUCAACGAGUCUCUUUCAAGAUGGACUUUGGCGUCCGGGAUGCCCUGAUUUGGGGCACACGGAACGGUGCCGAGGCCGUCGGUCUCGGUGACAAGAUUGGCACGCUGACACCUGGAAAGCGUGCUGACAUAGUUGUCAUCACAAGCAAGCGCGCGCUCAGCGGAUCGGCGAAUCCUUUAGGUACUGCUGUGCUUCACUCUACUCCCGCUGACGUUGACUUGGUCAUGGUGGAUGGGAAGAUUUUGAAGCGAGACGGCAAGUUGGUAGGCGUUAAUGUUGGCUCGAUCCGCGCAAAGGCCAGAGAAGGCUUGCGGCGAAUUCAGGAGAAUCUGAAGAGCGUGCGUCCGGAGAUGAGUCCGGAAGAGAUUCGGAACUUCUUCUUGGAAGGCGAGAAAGCCCAUCGUGCCAAUAUCGCGAAUGCCUACGCUCAGCAAACUGAAGUUGCGGACUAUCUUAGACCUGUAUGA